AUGAGUGAAGAUUACUUUUGGUUGGUUUUGAAAUGUUACAAUUUAAGCGGCUUACGAAAAUCGAGUAAUGGGUUUUUGAGGGUGCUCUCAGUGUAUAUUCUUUACCCAAUCAUGUUGAUCAUUUUCGGUAUGACAAUUUACAAUAUCCGUUAUCGUCACAGCAACAUUUUUGAAAUCACCGAAGUGUUUAUCUCAAUCUGUUAUUUUUUACAUAUGGUCCUGCGAAAGACAUUGUUGAUGAAAAACAGUUCGCUCUAUGAGGAGAUUUUAGAACAGCAGUUUCAUUACUGGAAUUAUGGCUUAUUUGGCGAAUCCACUGAAACAAAACUAAGAAAAAAUAUGGAAAUUUGUGUUUCUAUCCUGAAAUUUCUUCUGAUGAAUGCAUCCAUAUCUGUAGGACUUCACAGCAUAUCACCAUUUUUUGUAAAAAGUCUACAGCUGCCUCAAUCUUGUUGGAUUCCUGAAAAUAAUCCUAUAGCUAGAGAUGUUAUUUAUCUCUUCUUAGUGAUACUGUACGUUGAAUGUAUCAAUUAUGUCGUUGUUUUUGACGGUUUUUAUUUAUUAAUCGCUACGAAUAUUAGAACACAAUUUGUCCUUUUACAAAAAGCGGCUGAUUCUAUUAAAUUAAAAAGCGGUGAAGAGGAAAUUAUCUGGGCGAAAUUGAAAAAAUAUAGCCAGUAUCACAGUUUUAUUUUAAGCGUGCACAAAAAACUCAAUAAAAUCUACUCGGAGUUUUUUCUUUGUAAUUACAUUCUCACCAUAUUGGGAACCUGCAUUCCGUUAUUUAUUAUAUUUGACCGUUCAUCUAAUAUUGCUGAAAUUCUAGAAAGUAUAAUUGUUGCAUUUAUAAUAAAUGUUUUACUCGUAAUGGUCUUUAUUCCCGCUAGCAAUAUUGAAAUCGAAGCUGAAAAAUUGGUUUUUCAUAUUUACAAUAUCAACUGGUACGAAACGAGAAAUUUAAAGAUUCGUAAGUUUAUUCUUUUUUGGCUCAUGCAAGCACAAGUUCCUGUUCAAUUGACUGGAGGAGGGAUGCUAACAAUAAACAGAACUUUAAUGCUUCAAAUUCAACGUAUUGGAGUUUCAUUCUCAACGUUAUUAACGGGAUUAGCACCUUGA